AUGAUUCGCAACGCUGCUCGCCGUUUGCCCCGACAACUUCGUCCAUUCUCUCGCCCUCCCUCUCUCUCCUAUACUGCCGCCCGAACGUUCUCCUGUGGCUGCCCAUGGAUGGCGUCCCAACUGCCUCCAGUCAACCCACCCGUCUCAGUGGCACACGCAUCCGACUCAUUCCAGCUACUACCUUCCUCUGAAAAGUCAGGGCCUGCUGAAGAUGAGCUUUUUGAAGAGCAGGUACAAGCUGUGACCAAGUGGUGGAACACACCGCGCUUUGAGGGUAUCAAGCGUCCAUACUCAGCAGAGGCGGUUGUUAGCAAGCGGGGUUCGCUGCAGCAGACUUAUCCAAGCUCGAUUAUGGCCAGAAAGCUAUUCAAUUUGUUGAAUGAGAGGGCAAAGGCUGGAAAACCUGUACAUACCCUUGGUGCUAUUGAUCCCGUCCAGAUGACACAGCAAGCUCCCAACCAAGAGGUGCUGUAUAUAUCAGGGUGGGCGUGUUCAUCCCUCCUCACCACCACAAAUGAAGUAUCCGCGGACUUUGGAGACUACCCUUACAACACAGUCCCAAACCAGGUCCAGAGACUCUUCAAGGCUCAGCAAAUGCACGACCGCAAAGAAUGGGAUGCGAGAAGGAAGCUUUCUGCAGAACAGCGCAGGACGACGCCGUACACCGAUUUCAUGCGACCAAUAAUCGCUGAUGGCGAUACAGGGCACGGAGGCCUUACGGCAGUAUUGAAACUGGCCAAACUCUUUGCCGAAAACGGAGCCGCUGCUGUCCAUUUCGAGGACCAGCUUCAUGGAGGCAAAAAAUGCGGCCAUCUUGCCGGCAAGGUGCUUGUCCCCAUUGCCGAACACAUCAACAGACUCGUCGCCGCAAGAUUCCAAUGGGAUAUUAUGGGAACCGAAAACCUUCUCAUCGCCCGAACGGACUCGGAAAGCGGCAAACUCCUAAGCAGCACCAUCGAUGUCCGGGACCAUGAGUUCAUCCUCGGUGUGACUGAAAACUCCAGUCCGCUCGCCGAAACACUACAGAGAAUGGAGUUGGACGGAGCCCCCGGCUCUGAGAUCGACAAAUUCGAGUCACAAUGGGUUAAAAAUCAUAAACUUGUUACGUACGAUGAAGCUGUCGAGCAGCAUCUUAAAUCCGAGGGAGCCUCACAGUCAUCCAUUGACGCCUAUAAGAAGCAAGUAACCGAAAACCGGGACAUGUCGAUCAAUGAACGACGAGCUCUUGCAGGCAAGUACACAAAGUCGCCCGUAUUCUGGUCUUGGGAUAUUCCCCGGACUCGGGAGGGUUACUACCAUUACCUUGCCGGUAAUGCUGCGGCCACGAAACGUGCGAUCAAUUUUGCCCCCUACGCUGAUUUGCUCUGGGUUGAAACUGGCGACCCGAGUGUUGAGAAGGCGGCGUCGUUCGCAGGAGACAUCCGAGCAAAAUACCCUGGCAAAAAGCUGGUGUACAAUCUCAGCCCUUCUUUUAAUUGGAUGGGACACGGUUUCACCGAAGCCACUCUCAAGUCGUUUAUUUGGGAUAUCGCUCAGCAUGGUUUCACCCUUCAACUCAUCUCCCUCGCCGGUCUCCACACUAAUGCUACCAUGACAAGUGAACUUUCUCGCAAAUUCAAAGACGAUGGCAUGUUGGCUUAUGUGAACCUCGUCCAAAGGCGAGAGAAGGAGAUGGGGGUUGACGUCCUCACGCACCAGAAAUGGAGUGGCGCCCCCUAUAUGGACGGCAUUGUCGGCUCUAUCCUCAGCGGCAGCAGCUCUAACAAGAGUAUGGGUGAAGGGAAUACUGAAGAUUCUUUCUAA